AUGGAAGGUUCUACACCAAGAUCACACCACAAGGCCCUCACAAUGGAAGGUUCUACACCAAGAUCACACCACAAGGCUCUCACUAUGGAAGGUUCUACACCAAGAUCACAGUACAAGGUCCUCACUAUGGAAGGUUCUACACCAAGAUCACAGCAUAAGGCCCUCACUAUGGAAGGUUCUACACCAAGAUCACUGCACAAGACCCUCACUAUGGAAGGGAGUACAUUCUCGCAGACCGCAACACCUAGCCAACCUAACACUGUGAGCGGCCUGCAACCGGCGACCGGAUACAGCAUGCAGGUGUUGUUGCAGGUGUCUAGGAGCGACCGGGGACAGGUGUGUGUGGCAGACGGUGCGGGACGGGAGAGAGUACACACUGUCAGUUUCAACACUUCCUGUCCCGACACUCUAGAAGCACCAUCCUGGAUCAACGUCUCUGAGGUGACCAACAACAGCUUCUUAGUGACCUGGCAGGACCUUCCAUACAAGAUCAAGUGCCGCCUGCAGUAUGCCUUGGAGGUUACGCCGAGACCCAACAACCAAGACUAUCUGUCCGUGCAGGUAGAUGAGGCGACCUACAGGGUGUCAGGUCUUCAGCCUUACACAUACUACAAUGUCAGAGUGUUCUCUGCUACCACUGGAACCAGCAUAAAGUACAGCACCACAACACAACAAACAGCUGUCACGACUCUGCCACCAGUACUUGGCCGUCCCGGGCUCUCUCUCAGCGGUGACACUCACCAGGUAGUGGCCACCUGGACCAGGCCACCUGGGGCCCUGGGCAACGUCACCUACCAGUACAGGUACAAGGUAACGCUGAAGUUCUGCGAUAGAGUACUGCGCGGAUAUAAAGACAACUUUACUGGUGUAGUGGGAGAGCAGGUGACCCUCCCUGCCGCUCCCUACACCAGGGUGGAUGUCCGUCUCCGCGCCGUCAACGAGGGCGGCCAGGGUGACGUGGUCCAGGAGGCCGCCGACACACCCUCAGCCCCGCCGGAGAACAAUGUGGAGAACAUAGAUUGUUCACCUGACUAUGCUGAACACUGCAGCGUGACCCUGGAGAAGAGGUGCGAGGUAGUCCAUGGACCGGACCUCAGCGUCCAUUACCUCCUCCAGGUAGUCGACCAGAGUCUACAGCAGUACGACCCGCCCAGGUCUUUGACGACUCCCUCACUGUCGACGUCUCUAAAUGAUCCUUGGACAUUCACCAUCAUCCUGCCUGGUGACCUGCUGGCCUACACCAGGUACAGGAUCACGGCCUUCCCGGCUAACGCUGCAGGACGGAACAGGAACGUGAAGAAAGAUGCCGUGUUUAGGACCAAGCCGCAAGCUCCGGGGAAUGUUACCAAUCUCAAGGUCCAGGAAGCUGCCAGCUCUCUCACCGUGACCUGGGAUGGUCCUCACGACACGCCGCCCAGAGGUCAACUGGAAGUGUUCACAGUCAGUUGGCAGCAACAAGGAACAAUAUGGAACAGUCAGAGGAACACCGUCACCGUCUUGGCUAAUACAAGGAGUUACAUCAUUCAGAAUCUGGCUGAGAACAAGAUCUAUAUGAUAAUGGUGGCGGCCAAGAACAAAUACGUGAAGGACUAUGGCCCUGAGACACAGGUGUCGGCCCACACUCGCCCAGGAAGUCCCCACCGGGAGAUGGUGGUGUCUCCCCCUCACCGCUACACAGUCAACACCCCCACCAUCUGUGCUGCCGUCUACCUGGGCGUGACACUCGCCAUACUGCUGCUUAUGGAGCUGGCUGCUUUCUUCCUGUGGCGCCACAG